AUGAUAAGAUUUGCAGUCGGUGACUUUAUUCAUGUGGAUGGGAGGGGUGACUUUAUUCUUAAGGAGAAGUUGAGAUGGUGGAUUGUAAACAUCUUUGGUAGAUAUGAUUUGGUGGUUGAGGAGAAUGUGCGCGUCUUGAAUGAUGGGGAUGAGGAGGUGGGGGAGGAGGAUGUUGUGGAAUCUAACUUGAUGUUGGAGAGGAAGAGAAGGGCGUCUAGGGAUAUUUGGAUGAAUUUGAAAAUUAAAGAAAAUAUGUUAAUUCAAAAAUCUAGAUUGAAGUGGUUAAAUGAUGGAGAUGCAAAUAGUAAGUAUUUUCAUGGGGUGAUGAAAGCUAGAAGAACCCACAAUUUUAUUGGCUCGAUUGUGACCGAAGGUGGAAUCAUUAAUUCCGUGACGGAAAUCAAGGAGGAGGUGAAGAACCAUUUUGAGAAGAAGUUUUUAGGGGACCAAAGGGAGAGGCCGGUUCUAGAUGGAAUCUCUUUUGAUACUUUGGAAGAGGAGGAUAUGGCUUUUCUUGAGAAACUGUUUGAGGAUAGCGAGAUAAAGGCGGCUAUUUGGGAUUGUGACGGUUUGAAAAGUCUGGGACCCGACGGCUAUUCUUUCUUUUUCAUCAAGAAAUGUUGGGAUUUUAUGCAAGUAGAGUUCAUCAAUUGCUUUAGGUGUUUUCAUAGGGAAGCUUUAUUAUCUAGAGCGAUCACAUCAUCUUUUCUAACUUUGAUUCUGAAAUCUCCUAAUCCUUUGGGUUUAGACGAUUAUAGACCGAUUUGUUUGGUUGGGUGUGUCUAUAAAGCCAUUUCCAAAUUAUUGGCUUCGAGAUUGAAGAAGGUGUUGGGGUCUAUAGUGUUGAAGUGUGAAAGCAACUAA